AUGGACAGACCCCCUUCGAGAUCUCGAGCUCCAAUGAGCCUCGAGGCGCUCCUUGAUGAGGAAAAUAGGGAAGUCCUCGCGGCGCUCGAUCGUAGCAAAAGAUCCUCCUCACCCAUGCCAAACCUCCCUCACGGUCGAACCGCAACACCUCCACCUCCUGUUCGAAGUAUGCUCGACGUCGAUACUCCUACUCCCAGACAUGGCUCGAUCGCAGGUAUUGGAGUCGGAAUAACAAGCCCUACACAGUCCAAAAAACCUUCAAAACUAGAUCCCUCAGAUCCCUCGACCUACACCUCUCGUCAUUCGAGCAGGCCCAAUUCACCCGUUCUCGCAAGAGCUGUACCAGUGAGCACGCGACAACGGGGGUUUUCAGAGUCAGACCGAGCAGUUGGUCUACCCAAAAUACAACCAGAUGACAAACGGGCGUUUGAACAAAAUUAUCAGUUCGACAUUGCUUCCAUACCUUCGAGCGCAGGAACACCAUCCCAUACAGAGAACAAGAAACCGCGGGAGAACUCAAGUUCGGCCAUGGCGGCUGCGAUGUCGGGUGACUUCUCCAAUCUCUUUGUGGGAUUGCCGCCCAAAGAAGCUGAAAGACAUGAUGCUACAAACAGUGGCCACACAAGAUCUGCCUCAUCACCUAGCCCAGGCGUUGAUACGCCCACAUCAGCCUUGCUGAGCCCUACCAGUCCAGUGGGCCCAUUGAGGACGGAUUCUCGAAGUCCUGUCAAUAACCAUUCUCAUCGGCGACUGUCCAAUAAAUCUAGCAGCUUUUCUACUGUCAAUGAUGACUCCGAAGAAGGAGCUGGUCGGAUACGGCGGGAUGGGGUAGGCGAGGAGGAUGUUGUUGAAAGCAGCGACGAAGGCGAUGCCAUGUCUCCCAGCAGUGACGAAGAUGAUACGACUAGAGGUCGGUCGGAAAGACGAAAAUAUUCGGCCGGUGAAACAGAGGCUAAAGCUGCCGUGUCGACUGAAGGAGAAACAAAACAGUCAGCCAUAGCUCCGUCAGUAAAGUCGCUUUUGGAACCGUCGAUAUCCAUCACCAGUCCGAGUGGAGAAAGUGUGCCAGAAUCAAAGGCAGAAGGGCAUGCGUCCAUUGGUGCUUCGAAACCAUCAUCGGUGAUGUCUGGAGGAGAAGAAGAGGAAGAAGACGAGGAAAUGGCCGCCAUUCAAAAAGCGAAAAGACUCGCCAUCAACAUUUCACCAGUCGAUUCUAGUGUUCCAAAUCGAGAUUUCCGUGUAGUUCUGCGCGGAGACUGGCAUGGGCAUCAACAAGAGGCCCAAGCCGGCCACAGGGCAUCCAGACUCUACCUUGUGUGUAGCGACUUGAGUGUCGAAGCAAGCUACGCUAUGGAAUGGGUAGUAGGUACCAUGAUGCGAGAUGGCGACACACUACUCGCUAUAUAUGCUAUCGAGGACGACUCCACUGGGAAGGCCACCGAAGAGCAAAAGGAUGUCCUGACUGCCGAAGGUGCACAAGCCGGCAAGGACACUGCCAAUGUGAUGGAGACGCUCACUCGUCAAACAACACAGGGUGGUGGAACCAGCGUUGGCCUCAACAGCCAAAACAAAUACAUUCCAGCAACAGAAGCGGAGAGCUUGACGGGAUCAGUUGACGCAAGAAAAGUGUCCAAAAAACAAAUGGAACGUCUGAGGGCGAUCGACUUCCUCAUCGAGCAUUUUCUCAAAUUGGUACGCAAGACGCCGUUGGAGAUAAGGUGUUCUGUUGAGGUGAUUCAAUGUAAGAGUCCGAAGCAUCUGAUUCUGGGCGCCAUUGAUACCCUCGAACCGACCCUCUGCGUUGUGGGCACUCGCGGUCGCAGCUCUCUGAAAGGUGUCCUUCUAGGCUCCUUCUCGAAUUAUCUCGUCACCAAGUCAUCUGUGCCUGUCAUGGUGGCAAGGAGGAGAUUGAAGAAACCACGUUCCGAUGUUAAGAUCAGUAGCACCAGGAUUCGCCUCAGCAAUAAUUUGACCGCCAGCCAUUUCCCCACGAAACGAAGGAGUUUGACGCAAGCUAGAAUUGACUAA